AUGGAAGAGCUGAUCGCCAAGCUACCACUGAGCAAAAGGUUGGAUUGGGCCAGGCACGCCGCCGUAAUAGGGUGCUACCCAACUGUCGCGCACUUGAGCGAAUGGCUAAACGAACUCGCUAAAUUAGUGUGCACUAUUACGAGCAGCGACAGCAAGGAUCCUAAGCGUAGGGUAUUGCACGCCAGCACCAGUCAGAAGGAUCAGGAUCUAUUUGAAGAUCAUCCCAGGAGUUGCCCAAUUUGCGAGGGGCAACACACUAUCAAGGACUGUAAGGAUUUCAACCACGCUACUCCGACUGCCCGUAUGGAGUAUGUAAGAAAGCAUCGGAUUUGUUUCUCGUGCCUGGAGAGCGGUCACAUGUCCAGGUUCUGCAAGAGAAACAGCAAGUGCAACGUCUACGGAUGCCAGAUGGGGCAUCACUACCUCCUGCAUGACGGGGUGGGCAACCCCACACGGCCAUCGCAACCCCACGGUCGACCAUGGCCAAAUGAAAGGAGCGAUCGCGGUCGCAUGGUACAUGCGGGCGCUGACAGGAGGAAGGUGGACAAGCAAGUACAUCAGCCAGAUGAUCUGGCCCAGAGAAGUCCACUUACGGCAUCUGCACAGACGCAGGAUGCAUGGCGCAAGCGGGACGAAGGCCGUCAGCCAAGUGACGGGAAUGGAUUGCCACAUCGGAACCUAAGUUGCGUCGAUCCGGAUGGAGGACACUUACUAUUCCGUAUUUUGCCCGUGACGCUGUACGGGGAGGAUACGCAGCUGGAUACCUACGCGCUGUUCGACGAAGGUUCGUCCGUGACCCUGAUCGACGAGGAGCUCACUCGAAGCCUAAACCUAAAAGGCGAGAGUCGGCAGCUCAACAUUCAAUGGUUCGGUGGCAAGUCAGCGAAAGAGAACACAAAGAUGGUCAGCCUCCAGAUUAGUGAAGCGGGCAGACCGAAACGCCAUGCUUUGAAAAAUGUGUAUGCGGUCUCUAACCUCAAUCUUCCGAUGCAAAGUCUGCGUCGGGAAGAUGUCAAAGCGGCGAAGGCUUCUGCACGCCUGCCGAUGAAACCGUAUCGUAAUGCGGUCCCGAGGAUUUUAAUCGGACUAGACCAUGCGCACCUAGGAAUACCUAUGCAAAACAGGAGCUUCGGAGCAGGAGGACCCUAUGCAGCCGCCACCAAGCUAGGAUGGGUGGUUUUUGGUCCUGUAAGAAGUCAGAUGAGUUCACCAAUGCAAAGAUCGUGCCUCCUAGCCGUCCCACAGUAUGAUCAUCUCGAGAAGAUGGUCAGCGACUAUUUCGAAAUAGAGAAUUUCGGAGUGAAGCCGGCGCCACCAGUCGCAGCUAGUGGCGACGCACGGGCUUUGGGAAUCCUGAACGAGACGACUAGGCGAGUGGGCGAACGAUACCAAACUGGAUUGCUGUGGAAAGAUGAUAAAGUGAGCCUGCCUGACAGCUAUAACAUGGCACUCAAAAGACUUGUCGGCAUUGAAAGGAAGAUGAGACGGGAUGACAGCUUUGCACGGGCCUACAAGUCGAUCAUGGAGGACUACGUCAACAAGGGUUACGCACGACGCCUGGAGCAGCAGGAAGUGGCAGCCGAUAACCGGGACAAGAUCUGGUACCUGCCGCACUUCGGGGUCGAGAACCCAAACAAGCCCGGAAAGAUCCGUCUAGUCUUCGAUGCCGCAGCCAAAGUGGGCAAUACAUCUUUGAACUCAGUUCUACUCAAAGGCCCACAACAGUUCAAGUCCCUGCCAGCCGUGCUCUUCCAUUUCCGGGAAGGAGCAGUCGGGGUCUGCGCAGACAUAAAGGAGAUGUUUCAUCAGGUGCUGAUACAGCCCCAGGAUAGAUGCGCCCAGAGAUUCCUGUGGAGGAAUGGAGAUGACCGGCGAGAUCCAGAUCUGUUCGAAAUGGUUGUGAUGACGUUCGGAGCCGCUUGUUCGCCGUGCUCAGCGCAUCAUGUGAAGACCAUAAACGCUUCAAGAUACGCCCAAGCAGAUCCUCGCGCGGUUCAGGCCAUCAAUGAGUAUCACUAUGUAGAUGACUACGUGGAUAGUUUCUCGGACGAGAAAGAAGCUAUCGCUGUAUCAGAACGAGUAAGGAAAAUUCAUGCUGAGGCCGGUUUCGAUUUGUGCCGCUUCUCAUCAAGUUCGGAAAGUGUGGUCAAGGCUUUGAACCCACUAGGAUCCAAUAAGAACGUUGAAUGGAAUGAAGCGGAGGAGAAAAUAUUAGGCAUGUACUGGCACCCAGCGACGGAUGACUUUAAAUUCAGCGUAAAGUACCACAGGGUUCCCAGCAGCGUGAUGACCGGAGAACGUGCACCCACCAAGAGAGAAUUCCUAAGUCUGGUUAUGUCAACAUUUGACCCGAUAGGAUUCUUGAGCUGCUUCAUGGUAACCGCCAAACUAUUGAUGCGUGAGAUUUGGCGGAGAGGAGUUCAGUGGGACGAGCCGUUGCCGGAUGAGUUAGCCAAAGCGUUUGAGAGCUGGAGGCUGGAAAUGGAUUACGUGAGAGAUUUCCGCUGUCCACGCUACUACUUUGGCACGGGAUGCGUACGUGAACUGCAGCUACAUGUGUUUGUGGACUCCAGCCAAUCGGCGUUCGCAGCAGUUGCAUUCUGGAGGGCGACUUAUGACAACGAUGAUGUGCGGUCCUAUUUCGUGUGUUCCAAAACGAAAUGCGCCCCGAUGAAGACGAUGACGAUCCCGCGCCUGGAGCUCCAAGCAGCUGUAUUAGGAACCAGGCUGAUGGACACCGUAAGACGAGAGCACGACGUAUCGAUCAGCAGAUGCGUGCUAUGGACUGACUCUAAGACCGUGCUGCACUGGAUAAGCAGCACCCACCGGCGGUAUAAGCAGUUCGUUGGAAACCGGGUGGCGGAGAUCUUAGAGUCAACGGAGGUGUCUCAAUGGAGGUGGAUACCGUCUGCCGAAAACGUGGCAGAUGACGCGACGAGGCCACAGCGCCAUGUGGACCUCAGCCAAGGGGCAAGGUGGAUGAGCGGGCCAUCAUUUCUGCGGGAGUCGGAAGAACAGUGGCCCAAGCCAUCUCCAAGUGAUCGCGACAGUCCACACUCCGCAGAAGAAGAGAUGCCGUGUGAGUUUACACUGGUAAUUGCCAACGAGUUUAUAUUUUUGCAGAGAUUUUCGAAUUAUAAUCGAUUGGUCAGGACCACAGCGUGGAUCCUCAGGUUCAUACGACGGUGCCGUGGAUUGAGUGACGAGAGUGAGGCCUACGGUAUUACAGCUACUGAGUGCGCGGAGGCAGAACGGAAACUGAUCCAGCGCGCCCAGGCUGAUACGUUCGCAGAUGAAGUUCAAGGAAAGGCAGUGGCGAAAGGCAGUCAGUUACGAGGACUAUCCCCUUACGUCGACCACGAUGGAAUCAUACGAGCGCGUGGACGGAUUGAUGCCGCCGAAUGCGUCCCAUUCAACGCACGGCGCCCGAUCAUACUGUCGCACAAACACGCACUGGCAGAGAUGAUAGUUCGUCACUACCACAGGAAGAUGAAGCACCAGAAUCUAGACGCGACCAUAAGCGAGAUCCGGACCAGGUUCUGGAUAACCAAUUUAAGGAGAGUUUUACGGAGUGUUAUGGCAACCUGUAACUUAUGCAAACUCCGGAGAGUACGACCAAUUCCGCCAUUGAUGGGUCCGUUGCCAGAGGACCGGCUGGAGCCGAAUGGAUGGCCAUUCAAGUAUACUGGCUUGGACUACUUUGGUCCGCUGUUUGUGACGAUUGGACGUCGCACUGAGAAGAGGUGGGUCGCACUCUUUACUUGUCUAACCACCAGGGCUGUCCACCUGGAGAUAGCCCACGAUUUGUCAACAGAUUCCUGCAUCAUCGCUAUGAGGAAUUUUAUGUGCCGCCGUGGACCGGUGGUCAGAUUGAGGAGCGACAAUGGAAAGAACUUUAUUGGAGCAGAUCGUGAGGCCAGAAAGUUCGAUGAAGUCUUCGAACCAGAAAAGAUCCAGGAUGAGCUGUCAUCCAAAGGAAUCGAAUGGAUCUUUAACUGUCCCGCGAACCCAGCUGCCGGCGGCAUCUGGGAAAGGAUGGUCCAAUGUGUGAAGAAGGUGCUCGCGCAUACUGUGAAGGAGGUGGCUCCUAAGGAACACGUCUUGGAGAGCUUUCUUAUUGAGGCGGAGAAUAUUGUUAAUUCUCGUCCGCUUACCCACCUUCCAGUCACUGUGGAUCAGGAGGCACCGCUAACGCCCAACGAUCUGCUAAGAGGAGUGGCUAAUGUUCCGGACCUUCCUGGAGAUCGCGGAGAGCAGCCUGUCAAGUGCGCUACUAGGAAGCAGUGGCGGAGAAAUGGUGCGAGCAUGUCGAGCCUAUGCGCCCAGGGAAUCUCGUGUACAUCUGUGAUCCGGCCAUCCCUCGUCGAGAAUGGAGGAAAGGCGUCGUGGAGGAAGUGUACCCAGGGAGCGGAUGGAGUACCACGACGAGCGGCGGUACGCACUACCAAUGGCGAUCGAGCUAAGUUAAUCAUGCGUCCCAUCUCCAGAUUGGCCAUCCUGGAUGUGGUGAAUGCAGUUGCUUCACCGGGGUGGGGAUGUCGUGGAACGGAUUAA